AUGUCUAAGAGCAGAUCAACACCUUUUGCGGAGAACCCCAGAACGUGCCUUCACGAGUCUUCCCCCAAAUCAUUUAAUUCCACCGCCGCGCACAUCACACACACUGCAAGGAAACAGAAGAGGCCUCUCGAUGUUGCCGCAUUUGACAACGCAAUGGCCUGUGCCAAGAGCACAGACUUCUGCAUCUGUGCCGGGACUGUGACCUUCAAGGGCAGGGGGGAUGACAGAAGGGCUCUCGUAAUCCUAAACGAGAAAUACACCGAGGACCUCUGGCAGCUGCCCAAAGGCCGCAAGAACAUUGGCGAGGACGCCCUGUGCAACACGGCCAUCAGGGAGACGUACGAGGAGACUGGGUACAGGGUCCAACUCCUGUCCAAAAACAUCCUCACCCGCGCUACCAUGGCCAAGGGCAGGCAAGAGCCCGGUCCCAUCUUCGAGGCCCAGAGCGCCGAGCCCAUCGCCAUGGUCCAUUAUACGGAGCCGUCCCCCGGGCUCGAGGGCGGUCCCGUCACCAAGGUGUGCUUCUUCUACGUAGCGACCGUCAGAGAGGACGCCCUGCCCGCCGCAAACACGCAGGACACCGAAGAGGUGCUGAAGCCGUACUGGCUGACAUGUGCCGACGCGAUGGAGAGGCUUACCUUCGGGGCGGAGAGGAGGGCUUUGGAGAUUGCUAUGUGCUACUGGUGA